UUAAUUCGCGUCCCCGGAUUCCCGCCGCCGCGUGGGUGCGCUGUGGACGGCGCCGGCUAAGCCGAGAAUGAAUCCUCAGGGUCGAGAGAGGGGAACCAACAAGGCACUUUUCACUUCCCACCCGUCGUCCCAAAUGUGUCCUUUUGGGGAGCACGACGGUAGGGGAACUCGAGGUACCCAACCCCUCGUCUUAAGAGCCCUCAAGCCGCGUUCCUGGCCGCUUAGAGUGGAACCAGUAUCCCGGCGUCCUCUCGGCCUGCGUCGCGGGCUAGAGUCGCUCAGGCCCGCGGCCGGCGUCUCUAUGGUACCGACGGAAGCGGGUGUAGAGGGGCGGAGCCGCCGUUCGCGCGGCUGGCUUGUUUCAGCUGGGGGAGCAGACGGUGGGUGCGGCUGAUCCUCAGCAAGGGACCGGGCGCGGGGGGGGGGGGUGACUGACUGUAUGGACGCCGCGAAACUGCGUCCUGAGGUGGCAGGCCGGAGGCGGGGACCACCUGAACCUGAAGUCUAGAAGAUCCAGGUUCCCGAUGGGAAGGCGUGGAGGGGCGGCAGUCGCGUGGGACCCGAGAGCAGGCGGGGUGUGCUCGACAGACACUGGCCGGUGUCUCCGGGAUCUGCGCGAUCCCUGCACGGCCCUCCUGCUUCGUCGCGCCUUAUAGAUCCCAUGGGCGUCAAGCCCUCGCCUAGGCUUCGCGCCCCUGGCGUUUCCCUGGCUCUGGGCGGGUUGCCGGCGAUCUUGCCAGAGUUGCCCAUUGCCACCUUUCCAGCCACGAGGGCCCUUAAGGCGCCCAGGCUACCGGGAGGGGUGAUUGUGGAGAUUGUAACUUGUUCCCUUCCCUGCAGACGCCAGGGCUUUCCACCUAUUUUCUUAAUUGACAUUUUAAAAAUUAUUGAAUCAUGCCAACCUUAGGAAAGAAUGACUUUGGGAAUUUGCUAAGACUUGUUGAAAUUCAGAAUCGUAUGUAUUUGUAAUGGUCAUAGGAAAGAAACAUUUUACAUGCAGGUUACGAAGAGUAUCCGUGAAAGUGAGCAAGAUUUGUGUUUCCUUUCUUUGCAAAUUAGCUGAAUUAGACUUGGCAUCUGCUUUGAGUACUACAGCAUUAAAGAAAGUAAAUAUAAAGUUUCACAGCAACUACAGUUCAUUGAAGAGGACUUAUUUGUAAAGCAUAAUAAAGGCAGUUUUCGGAUUCUAGACGGUGCUUUUUCCUCAGGUUUUUGUAAAUAUUUGUGAUGGGGUUUGGGGUGGGGGAGAAGGGGUGAAGCAGAAAAGGACAUUUCUGUUGGGAAUUUGCUACCUCUUAUUUUUUUGGUAGGAAUAACGUCAGAGAUUAUUAACAAACCAUGCACAACAGUGUGUAAAGUAACUGGCUAAGUAUGUGUUUGUAGAGUUAAGGAAAGGGAGGAUUACUGCUAGGUAUACUUUGAAGACCCCAUAGUUGAUGGCAUAGUACUCUUAUAGGAAUGGUGCGUGGCAGAGUUUGGCCAUUGCCGAAAAUGGCUCCCGCAAGUCAUAGAGAGACAUUUAUGAUCUGGGUAACUGGCUGUUAUGGCAGAAAUCAUUCCAAAUAAUAUCUUCAGUUCACAGGCUGAGGAUUGCUAACCUGCUUACCCCCUGUAUUAGUAUAAUGAAAUAUUAAACACCUUGAGCACUUUAACUUCAUGCAUGACAAGUUUAAGAAAAUUAUAAUUACUGCUCUUAAUGAACUUACCCAACAAAAGUGAAUAUGUAAAAUAAAGGUAUUUUACAGUUUAAGAGGUUCUGGAGUCCAUUCUAUUUAUGCGGGAGGAGCAGGAAGUGGAAAAAGGAAGCAGAGAGAAGAAAAAUGGGACACUUAGGUGUUCUAGUCAGAGACAAUAAAUAAGAGGAAGCACAACUAUUAAAUUACUUUCUCAUACUCAGAAUCUACUCUAAAUAUCUGCACCAGUAGUUGGAGUGGAAUAGAUGUCGGAACUGUGUUUCUGGGACCAUAAUUAUACCUUUCUUGAAAAGAGAAACUACUGUUUUAGCUAUCCGUGCUGCAUAACAAAUUACUGUACCCCAAAACUUAGAGGCUUAAAACAGUAAACAGUUAUUAUCUCACUGUACCUUUGGGCCAGAACUUUUGGAAGAGGCUUAGCUAGAUGGUUCUGCUCAGAGUCUCAUGAAGUUGUAGUCCAGAUGUUGGCAGUGCUGCAGGCAUCUGUAGGCUUGACUAGGGCUGAAAGGAUCUGCUUCUGAGUUUGCCCAGGUGAGCUUUUUGUUCCUCUCUCAUCAAGCAAGCUGUUUAAACUUUCCAUUUAAAAUGCAUUUUGUGCUGCCCCAUUAUGUGUAUCUGUUCCUAUUCAUAAACUACUACAGUAUAUAGACAUUUGGAAAACAGUAAGUUUUUCUUUUUCACGUCGCUUUAAAUUUGGAUCAUCAUUUAAAUACUUUAAGUGAUCUUUUCAUGUUUCACUUUGCUCAUGACACUUCAUUAGCUACUUGAUCCUUUCUUGUAUCUGAACUCAUCGAGUAAAACAUUAGGUGAGUACAUUUAAAUAUAUUUAGUGAUGACAAAAAUUGUUUAGUGAGUAAAAGAAGAUGGAUGUAAUGAAAUGGCUUUAUAGAGACAUCAUGCAAUUUGCAAUUAGGUGUAUAAUGACCUUUUGUCUGCUUUCUAGGAUGACACUUGACAAUAAAUUUGCAAUUAAAUGCAUACAGAAGCAUAGUUUGAGCGGCAGAAGAGCUUUUCUGUUAGGCCUCUGUGUAUACUGUGCCCAGCCUACGUUCUCCUCACAACUCAUCCAUCUGAAUGGCCUUCUUUCUUCUUAGGGCUAAUUUACAGGCCACGGCUUACCGUGGGGGAUAUUGCUCUGCGGCUAUACCUCUCUGGCUUGGUCAUUAAUUCAAGCUUUCUGUGUCCCAGUUCCCAUCCAGCUAAGGGGAUAAUGAUAUUAUCUUUGGUUCAAAGGAAUAUUUUAUAAACUUUAAAAUUAUAUGCACUGAGCCUUUAAACACAUUGACUUCUUUAUCCAUUCAGGUGUCAGAUGUUUACUUUGCAAAGCAGGGACCUGAUUCAUGAUGUGUGGAACUAAAAUCCUAAGGGUGACUGGGAAUGUAAACAAGAAUAAGCUGUUUGUUUCCUGAUGGCUUUUAGCAUAUACUGACAUACCAUUUGUGAUGGCAUCUGAGACUGAGAAGACCCAUGCUUUACUCCAGUCUUGUAGCACUGAAUCUCUUAUUUCCAGCCUUGGUCUGGGCAUUUUCUGCCUAGUAGCUGACAGACUUCUUCAGUUUUCCAUAAUUCAACGAAAUGACUGGCUUCGUGCACUCUCAGAUAAUUCAGUACAUUGCGUGAUUGGCAUGUGGUCAUGGGCAAUAGUCAUUGGAAUCAAGAAGAAGACUGACAUUGGAGAAAUCGUCUUAGCUGGAUUUUUAGCCUCUGUUAUUGAUAUAGACCACUUUUUUCUAGCUGGAUCCCUAUCUUUAAAGGCUGCUAUUACUCUUCCACGAAGACCUUUCCUUCACUGUUCUACUGUGAUACCCGCUGUGGUUCUGACCCUGAAGUUUACGAUGCACCUUUUCAAGCUCAAAGAUUCAUGGUGCUGUCUUCCCUGGAUGUUAUUUAUAUCCUGGACCUCACACCAUAUUCGAGAUGCAAUUCGCCAUGGCUUGUGGAUAUGCCCAUUUGGAGAAACUUCUCCUUUGCCAUUUUGGCUUUAUGUAAUAAUCACAUCAUCUUUACCUCACAUCUGUUCAUUUGUUAUGUAUUUCACAGGGACGAGCCAAGUGAUGUCUUCAAAACAUGGAAAUUAUAUUGAUGUCUGAGAUAACCAUAUGGCAGUCUUAAAGAACCAAUGGUUGAGAUAAUGACAGCCAACAUUAAAGUGAAUUUUAAAAACAUGUUAGGUACUUAUAUUAAUUAUAAGAUGUAUAAUGAAUGCUAACAUUUCUUUAUUUCAUAUAUUUUGAUCCUGACUGAAGUUUAAUUUGCCAAGUGCUUUAGUGAGUUGUGAUUACUGGCAGAAACUGCUUUUGUGCACUUAUGUUAUAAUAUUCUUAAAAGACAGUAACAUUAGACCUAGGUUAUUGUUUCAGAAAUAACUUUAGGAAAUAAUUAUUAUAAUAUGUUGACUGUAGUAACAUUCUACCAAAGUAGUAUUUUUUCAUUAUCUUUGCCCUCAAAUCUCAUGUGUUGGAAUUUUAACUGUUUUGAAAAACAUAACUAAAUUUAACAAAAUAUUUGUUUAAAAUUAACAUUAACAAAAUAUUGAUACUUGACUCAUAACCAUAAAAUCCCCAAAAAAGGACCUAACCAAUAAUGUCAUUUCAAAUGUAAACUCCUGAAUGUGCCAUUAAAAUUGUUUUAGUUGCUAUCAAUUUGUUUACAUACUAUUCUAAAAUAUUAUACCAGUUAAAUCAUUUUUUUUAAAAUU